AUCGGUUACCCAACUCCAUCGCAGAAGGGGAAGGCAAAUAUUGCUACAGUAAACCUAGUGACCGACAAGCUGAACGUACGGGAGCCACGCGGACCACUCACUAAUGGGGCAGGUCCCGACGCCUGGCGCCUGCAGAGGCGCCGGAGUCGGCUAAUCGAUGUUGGGUCGGAGCGUCAAACGCCACCGAGACGCCCUUGCCAUCGUUGCCGUUGUCCACCAAUACCUUUUCCUCCUCCUCCAUCUCACCAUGCCUGCACCCAACCGUGGACACCGCGCUCAGGGCGGAAUGACACGCACACAUUCACGCACCAACUCGGGCGGCUCCUCCAAGCUUGGCUUGAACCUGCAACUCACACAGAAGGAUGUACUCCCGCCGAAACUGCCUGAUAAGUCGAGGAAGAGCGCGCAUUUUAUCCACGAGCCUGCUGCGCGCACCGGAACGAUAUCCAGGACCGGCAGCACGACCCGUCUUCCGUCGCGCGAACAGAUCGCUCCUGCACAGCUGCGGCGUGCCCCACCACCACCUCUCGGUGCUGCACGCACUAAGGAUGGCAAGCACCGUGCUGGCUUUACCAUAUCCAGCCCGUCAGAGGGCGAUGACGACGAGUGGGUGUCCAGCGAGAGUGGAGCCGCUACCCCGAACGCUGGCCAAUCCGACUCAGAAGCCGACGACACCACGACGCCCGUUGAACCCGCCAGACCACAUCUACCUCCGUCAGCUACGCAGGUCAAUGGUUUCCACAGAGAAGAGGUGGUGACCCCCAAGGCCGAGGUGCCUCCAUUACCCCGGGCAGACCCAACGAAGACAGAGCGGCCCAUUUCACCUACCCCACACGAUUACAUCUCAUCACAACCAAUAGCACAGUUAUCGGCUUCCCAAUCACAACAGCUAGCUCACCAUGACCAGCUCUCCCAUUCACCCGACUCGUUACCGCCGCCGAUCACCAAAGCCCGCUCAGAGACGCACUCCCCUUCCCGAUCAACUUCCCCGCCUCCCAAACGACAGUCGAUGACGCGCCCACCAUCGACGCAUUCGGUCACGAGCCGGACUGACGGCGCGUCACUGCGACCGCACCCACUCAUUCGAGGUCAUUCCUAUGGUCAGGGGGCACCGUUCGCGGCAAAGCCCGCUCCCCUGGCGCCCUUAACCAUGGUCUCCUCAGACGCUGCGCAAGCCCAAAUGUCUUCUGCGUCAUCACCGUCGAGCCUCCGUGCAGGCUCGCCAACGAGUGUUCGCACCGCCUCACCCAACCGCUCAUCCCCCACAUCGUCAGAAGCACAUCGGCAGCUUCGCCGAACUUCAACAUCUUCUGCGCGGUCCACUGCGACGAUGCCGACGCAGUCUGCCAGUCAAGCACAGCUUAGUCGGUCAAACCACGACCGACAGCGCACGCUGUCCACCAUAUCGUCCUCGUCAUCUUUCGCCGCGUUGUCCCACCUCGCAUUACGGUCAACGCCGUCCCCGCCUCGCGAAUCGAUCCGCUUCACGUCCCACUUGCCUCCCGUCGAUCAGCUACAGAGCCUCGAGGCAGUGCACCCGCUACUGCCACCGCCAUACCUAAACUCGCAUAUAUCUAUCCUGACGUAUCGGAACCCGGUAGCAGAGUCGUACGACAGGAUUACGCGCGCCAAACAGGCAAGGUGAUCCGUGUCUGCGUGCUCCGUGGUUCGCACGUCUACAGCGUUGGUCAUGCAUUUGUAUCUCUAUCAUCCUGCCGUUGGUCAUGCCCAGGGUCCUGGGAACAGUCAUUUUACGUCUCAACAGUUGUAUAGCUAGUUUAGUCUAAUUUGCAGCUUUCGCCCGUGCCUCUUAUUUAUCAGUCUCAAUUAUAGAGAAGGCCUUUGGUGAAUCGUCCCUUCCCUACGUUGGUCCAGGAGUCCAGGACGAGUACUUGGAUGCAUCUGCCGGUAUAGACCGCCC